UCGUCAUCAUCAUAUAACAAUACAAUAUAUACACACAUUCACUUAAACGAGGAUAUCGACAUCAUCAUCAACAUCAAGCGACAACAUCAAUCUACAACAACAAUAACACUCAUUGGAUAUCAUGGUCACGCAUCCUUGCAAGACACUCAAACAUUGGCAAACAAGACACACACAACAUGUAACGAGUUACGACGAGUCAACGAGCAAAGUCAUGUAGACAACAAGAUAGAGAGAGAGAGAGAGAGAGAGAGCAACACUCAAUCAACUAGUUAU